CGUUCCCAAACUGCAAACAACGCGUUGGUCUUUCUGCGUUUUCUCCCGAAAAGUUUUGGAUUUAUUUAAUACGAAAUAUCGUUACUAUCUAGUUAUACUUAGCCAAAGUGCGGUGUAAAAUGUCCGACGAUGAAGAGCUAGUGUAUGUAAAGCGCCCGAAAACGAUCCACUAUGGCUCACUGGAGGACACGGAGCGAAUGCGCCAGUUGAAAGACUCCGGCGGCUCCGAUUUGUAUUCCGGAGCUGGUAGCUCCAGCGACAUUGGCCAAAUUUACACGUCUAGCGAGUAUUUCGAUUUAGAAAAUGAGGUCUCCAAGGAUAAGGCCGCCCUCCUGGAGGAAUUCGAGCGGAAGAAGAAAGCUAGACAGAUACACGUCAGUACGGAUGAUUCCGAGGUAAAGAAAAAUCUGAGGGCGUUGAACGAGCCGAUCUGUUACUUUGGUGAAGGCCCAGCUGAACGUCGGAUUCGUCUGAAGGAGUUACUCGCAUCGCUGGGCGAAAGUGCCAUUCCACAGAAGGCCACCAAGGACGAUGACAAGAAGCAGCAGGUGCAGAGAGAGCAGGAAUCUACUUGGUACCACGAAGGACCGGAAGCUCUUAGGAUUGCGAGAAUUUGGCUGGCGAACUAUUCCCUUCCGCGGGCCAAAAAGCGGCUGGAGGAAGCGGCCGAACAGCUGAACCUUCCGAGUGCAACGAAAGCCGGUCGCAUGGUGGAACUGCAGAAGCGUAUUCAAUCGUUGGCUCCGAUGUGCAGCCAAGUAGGUGAUGUGCGACCGAUCACCAAUUGUAGCUUCAAUCAUGAUUCCAGUCUGCUGUUGACAUCAAGCUUGAGCUCCAUGUGCAAGGUGUGGUCGGUUCCGGAUUGUAAUUUGGUGCAGACGCUGCGCGGUCAUCAAUUCUAUGUGAGCGCCAUAGCUUUCCGGGAUGGCAUGGCGACGGAUUCAAAGGGUGAAGUGGCCAUGGCAUCCGGUUGCUAUGAUGGGACCGUGAAGUUAUGGUCGUUUGACAGCGAAGAAGCCAUAGCGGAUAUCAACGGGCAUGUUCCGCACCGGGUGUCCCGUUUGGCGUUCCAUCCUUCGGGACGAUUUCUGGGCACGGCUUGCUAUGAUGCCUCCUGGCGGCUGUGGGAUUUGGAGCAAAAGCAGGAAGUAUUGCAUCAAGAAGGUCAUGCUAAAGCCGUCCACUGUAUUGCCUUCCAGGUGGACGGAAGCGUAUGUGUAACCGGUGGUUUAGAUGCCUUUGGACGCGUUUGGGAUCUCCGUACCGGACGAUGCAUCAUGUUCCUAGAAGGGCACCUGAGUGCCAUUUAUGGCGUUGACUUUUCCCCGAACGGGUAUCACAUUGCCACCGGAAGUCAGGAUAAUUCCUGCAAGAUCUGGGACCUGAGGAGGCGACAUCCGGUGUACACUAUCCCGGCGCACACCAACCUGAUUUCCGACGUUAAAUAUCAGAAAAAUGGGGGACAUUUUCUGGUGACGUCCAGCUACGACAAUACGGCCAAGAUUUGGUCCAACAAGACGUGGCAGCCGUUGAAGACCCUUUCGGGGCACGACAGCAAGGUGAUGAGCAUCGACAUUUCGCCAAACUCACAGCAUAUCGCUACGACCUCGUAUGAUCGGACGUUUAAACUGUGGAGCCCCGAAUGAGUUUUAAUUUGGAGAAUAAACUUCUGUUUCAUGAAUAA